AGAAGAAGUUCCCCCUCCUCCACCACCUCCUAUAGUGGUAAAUAUGUACUCUGAUGAUCACCUCCGGGUCAUAGUGAAGAGGAUGAGAGAGAGAACAGAAAUAUACAGAGAGAAGCUCAUAGACCCACAUGCAUCCUCACCUGAAUUCAGCCCUCCAGUCAGUAAGUAUCCACACUCAAGGUAGUCAUAAGGGAUAAGGGAUUCAAAUACACAGAGGACACAGAGGAUACACAUAUUUAGUUUGUUCUUUAUUUAGUUUUAGCUUUAGCACCGUUUUGUGUAAAAUAUCUAUCUGACUCCUUAGCUAUAUUUGUUGACUAUGGGUUAUCAUAGGAGGUAACUUUAUAAUGUUUUGUUUUAAUUCUUUAUUUAUUCUACUCAAGCUCCCAUUUAUCAAAAAAAGGAUUAUGAAAUAUUAAUUAAAGAGAGGAUAAUACAAGAAGAGCAAGAUAGGAUAAAGAAAGAAGAGGAAGACUUAAAAAAGAAAGAGGUGGCAGAGAAGAAAAAGCAGGAGAUGGCGGAAAAGAAAGCGGCCGAGCAAAAAGCGAAAGAUGAAGCAAAAGCAUUGGAGCCUGUGGUCAAAACAACUUUUGGCCAGAACGUCGCCGCCUUUCUUGACAGGAGGCUGAAACCUAUUGAGGAUGCGAUGGACUCAGUGCUGCCCUCCACCAUAGAUCCAUUCACAGGUAUGUACUGUAUACCAACUCUGCUGCUGCUCUGGUAAACUGCUAAGCAACAUUUGCUGAAAUUGCUUUGUAAAUAAUUGACCAUGCAAUACAGUGUUAAUGUAGUAAUAGAAAAGAUUUUGGAUACGGGCCUUGCAGCCUUGCAUCGUAGCUUUUACAUUGAUUCAUUAUCUUUCCUCUCUUUCUAUCUCCCUCUCUUGCUCUCUCUCUCUCCCCCCAUUCUUUCUCCCUUUCCUCCUCCCUCUGUAGAUCGUGCGUACAUCGUGUGGCUCACUCUGGUGACUCUGGCCUUCAACUACAACACCUGGUUCAUGACGGCUCGUGUGUGUUUCCCCUACCACACCCCGGAGUGGAUCCCUUACUGGAUAGCUAUGGACCUUGUGGCUGAUUUCAUCUAUCUCAUUGAUUCUAUCUUCUUCCAGGCCCGCAAGCAGUUCGUCAAAGGAGGGGACGUCAUUGUAAGUCACUCAGCUCUCCCUCUCUCUCCAGAGGAAGUAGGACUACUACUGUCCUUAAACUAUGAGGGCAUUUUGUGAGUGUUACACUUAUGAACAAUUAUAUAUGAAAAAUAAAUGGCCAAGAUGACAUUUCCAGCUCAAUUUAAGCAUACCUGCAUUGCAUACAUUUUGCAGCAGGGUAUACAUGUAUCAGUCUUUCCCACAGUCCAAAUAAAUAGCAUAAUGAUAUGUUAAUAAGGUGUUUAGAAAGACCAGGUAGACUGCCCCACACAGGAAGACCUUUUCAGUCUUCCAGUAUUCAGAAUGAGACUUGUGUGCAGUGGACUGGCAGUAGUUGUGUAAACAGGUAUUCUGCAUAAACAUUGCCAAGGUAGAUGUGAUUUCAUUAUUAAUGUUCUGCCUUUCAGAAAGACAGGAUUAUAACCAAAGCGUACUACAGAAGCUCUGAGAGAUUUAAGGUACUUCAAAGAUGUAGCUGUUUGUUAUAUAAACUGUAUAUACUUUUUCAUGGCUUAAACACAAACAUCUAACAUUGAUAUAUUAGAUUUUUUUGUCUUCAAGGCAGGGGCUUCAGUUACCACCUACUGUAACUUAUUUAUCUCUUUCCUCAGAUGGACAUGAUAGCAAUGGCACCCAUAGACUUGCUAUGCUUCCAAUUCGGAUACAAAUCCAUCUUCAGAUUCAAUCGAAUGAUAAAGGUAAAGCAUUUUCUGUUAUGGUCACAUGCAAACUCACCUUAUAAUGAAAAAAGCAUGCUCUGACUCAACUGUUAACACUGAUGUAUUCUACUUUUUUAUGUUUGCUACUUCUUUUUUUUUUAUUCGACAAUUUAACUAUUUAAAAUUCAUACAAAUGUUAAACCCGGCAACAAAUACAUAUACUAAAACCUGUCGAGGAUAAACACAAUAACGUAAAAAUACUUUCAUUGUGGUCCUCUUUUGUAUGCUACUUUUUGAUGUAUGCUACUUUUGGGGUGUUGAUUUUGAGUUCUUCUUUAGGUGGACACAUUCUUUGAGUUCAGUGAUCGGCUGGAGAGCCUCAUGUCCAAGGCCUACAUUUGGAGGUAUGUCACUAACUUUACAACUUAAGCAUGCCUAAGUUUAGCCUAGAAUCAAUCCUUUGUACUGUACCAACUCCAAAUAUGAUGAAAUCCGACAUGACUGUCAGCAGUGAGCUGAUGACCCUUCAAUCAAUCAAACAACCAAUCAAUUGAUCAAAUACAGUAAAUUGCUAUAGUCCUUUUUACAGCAACAUUUAUCUUAAAGUGCUAUACCCUUGCUUGCUGUGUUACCAGAGUGAUCCGCACCAUUGGCUACCUGCUGUUCAUGCUCCACCUCAACGCCUGUGCCUACUACGUGGCCUCAGCCUACCAGGGCAUCGGCAAGACCAGAUGGGUCUACACUGGCAAAGGCAACGCGUAUGUACAUUACACCAACUCCAUUUUAUAUCUCCCCAUGUCAGUGCACACCUAUGCAGAGCUCAAAUUAUUGUUCAAUUUGAUUUACUGCAUGACUGUAUCUACUGUAUAGCAUUAGUAAUUUGCAACAUUAGGUAUUUGUCAUAUACUUUUGCACUGUAUAUCCAUGUCAAUAUUGCAAGCAAGUUCUAAAGCUAUACACAUUAGUAGAAUGAGACCAUGCAUGAUACUUGUAGUUGAUUAUCUAUAUACAUAAUUUGGACAUACUUUGGACUUUAUGUAUACUUUUUUUCUCUAUUUGGAUUGCCUUGUGUAUUUUUUUGUAGUUACCUGAGCAGUUUCUUCUAUGCGGAGAAAUCCCUGCUGAUGAUCGCAGAGUUGCCUUUUCCCGACACCUUAUUCGGCCAGUUGUUUCAGAUGGCCAACUAUUUUUUCGGCGCCUUCUUUUUGUCCAUCUUUCUUGGCCAGGUAGUCUUCUUAGUGUGCUUGAUUUUUGUCAAAUGUGUGUCUUUUAUUUUAUGUUUACCAAGAGUUUUGGUGUUUGACAAUUUCCUUUUUUCUGCAAUCCUUGAUUUUUUUGGUGCAGUUUUUCUCUUCAAAUAUGACCCCCCCAAAAAUAUUAAGAUUCCCCAAAAAACUUUUUUAACACUAUUCCCAUCUCCUGUCAUAACCUUAGAUCCAGUGCCAGGGUGGUCAAAAAUAGACAACCAAAUGACCUAGCUACUUCGGAGCAGAGAGACUAGCACCCGUCUUAACGCCCAACCCCUCUCCACACACAGAUACCUGCCUAAUACCCCACUCUUCUCUACAGGUACUUGCGUUGUUACUAUUACGCAGUUCGCAGUCUGAUCAACAUCGGUGGUCUUCCCGAGCCCCACACAGUCUUUGAGAUUACCUUUCAGUUGUCAAACUUUUUUGUGGGUGUCUUCGUGUUCUCCAGUUUGAUUGGACAGGUAACAGGAAGAGACAUAGUCAGAUAGAUCUCCCAUUGGAUCUCCCAUCUAGGAUCUAGAUCUCCUAUUGAAUUAAUCAAAGUCCCCCAUUCCACCUGAUUCAUCUGGAAACCCUAACCUUCUAGGUUUUUAGUAUAGCAGUGUUUCUUACACCACAACCUAGUUUCUGUCUUUGUCAUAGCCAUAGACGUCGUUUUGAAUAACUGGGGGGCGGUUCUCUUUCAAUUAUUUGUUUUGAUAUCUCACAUGUGGAAUUUACCUGAGUCUCAAAAGCAGGUUUUUCAGCUCUCGUCUUCUGUUUUGGGUGACUUUACCGAAAGGAAAGUUAUGCUUCGGGUAAGAAUUUGCUUUUACACUUUUUCUUCCCUUUGUCUCCUGUGGUAGCUAGUGUCACACGGCAAGCUACUGAGACAUGGCUAGCUUAGCUGUAAGGCUUAGCUAACCUGGCUAGCUCACCGCAAAUCUAGCUAUCUUACCGACUAGCUUUUUUUAGGUCGAAAGACAGGCUUUUGUUCGUCGUGAGUCCAACAAAGAUCUAGCUUCCUCUGGCUAACAUUGUGCUGACUAGCUAGGCUACUAGCCCAUGAGGCGAAUGCUAGCUAUGUUCACAUUGUUAAAGGAUUAGCUUUCUCCGGCUAGUACUGUGCUAACUAGCUAGGCUAUUAGCCCACGUGGCGAACGCUAGUUUAGUUUCACUUUAUUCUCGGAUUAGCUGUUUUUUGGCACCAUGGAGCCUGCUAGCCCAAGGGGUACCGAGCAAGGCCCAGGCCCCUGCACCGGCACAUCUACAGUGGGGAAAAAAAGUAUUUAGUCAGCCCCCAAUUGUGCAAGUUCUCCCACUUAAAAAGAUGAGAGAGGCCUGUAAUUUUCAUCAUAGGUACACAUCAACUAUGACAGACAAAAUGAGAAUUUUUUUUCCAGAAAAUCACAUUGUAGGAUUUUUAAUGAAUUUAUUUGCAAAUUAUGGUGGAAAAUAAGUAUUUGGUCAAUAACAAAAGUUUCUCAAUACUUUGUUAUAUACCUUUUGUUGGCAAUGACACAGGUCAAACGUUUUCUGUAAGUCUUCACAAGGUUUUCACACACUGUUGCUGGUAUUUUGGCCCAUUCCUCCAUGCAGAUCUCCUCUAGAGCAGUGAUGUUUUGGGGCUGUCGCUGGGCAACACGGACUUUCAACUCCCUCCAAAGAUUUUCUAUGGGGUUGAGAUCUGGAGACUGGCUAGGCCACUCCAGGACCUUGAAAUGCUUCUUACGAAGCCACUCCUUCGUUACCCGGGCUGUGUUUGGGAUCAUUGUCAUGCUGAAAGACCCAGCCACGUUUCAUCUUCAAUGCCCUUGCUGAUGGAAGGAGGUUUUCACUAAAAAUCUCACGAUACAUGGCCCCAUUCAUUCUUUCCUUUACAUGGAUCAGUCGUCCUGGUCCCAUUGCAGAAAAACAUCCCCAAAGGUGUCUUUUAUACUGAUAACAAGUUCAAACAGGUGCCAUUAAUACAGGUAACGAGUGGAGGACAGAGGAGCCUCUUAAAGAAGAAGUUACAGGUCUGUGAGAGCCAGAAAUCUUGCUUGUUUGUAGGUGACCAAAUACUUAUUUUCCACCAUAAUUUGCAAAUAAAUUCAUUAAAAAUCCUACAAUGUGAUUUUCUGGAAUUUUUUUCUCAAUUUGUCUGUCAUAGUUGACGUGUACCUAUGAUGAAAAUUACAGGCCUCUCUCAUCUUUUUAAGUGGGAGAACUUGCACAAUUGGUGGCUGACUAAAACCUUUUUUCCCCACUGUAUGUACAUGCGGUGCAACCAUAUAAGGCAAGGACACGUACCCCCUGUGUGUUGUCUCCCUGGGUCCCGAACCCGUGGGGGUGGCAGCGCAGAGAGGGACUGGUACGAUGGGAGGAAACUCCCCUCUCACACCGUCCCAGGCAAGCAACUCCUUCCAGCCAUCCCAGCUUGUGUGGCGGAAGCCGACAAGGUCCAAACCUGACUUUUUGCCAACAUGAAUGUCAAGAACAUGGCAAGCCACCGGUGGUCGAACCCUCAGUGGUCAACCACCUCAACCCCAGUGCCUCGUCACUGAAAGGCACUUCCAUCCAUGGUAAGAUGGACCGCUUUUCCAUAUUUAUCUGCCAAAACGUCUAUGUGUUCAUUGAACGUUUUUCCUUACUGCUGGCCUACCAAGCCGAUUUGAUGCUGGAGAUGCAUGAUCUCUUAGCUAUUGGCAAGUCUAGCCCAGACUUUAGGGAUGAGAUCUGUGUCGUCACAGACCUCAACCUCAGAGCCUCCAGAGGCACCAUUCAAGGUUGUGGCUGUACCAUAAGCUUUGCAGUGGUGUAGGAAAGAGCCUUGUGGCUCAACUUGUCCAGCCUGUUGGACAAAGAAAAAGCAGAUUUCCUUGACACUCCUGUCAAGCCGAAGGAACUUUUUGCGCCGGCUGUCGCUGCCAUGCCAUCCCGUAGACCCGGGAACUGUGGCUACCCGGCUACCCUCCACGAGCCAAGGCUUCGCGGCAGGGAGAGGGCAAUUAGCUGGCACCAGGGCCUUCCGUGCAAGUCCCCCAGAAAUGAAGCAGAUUCGGGCCCCUGAACAGGGGCUGACAGUGGGGAAAAUGGUCCUUCGCUGCAGCCGCAUCGAGGUCCCGCACAGCUGAUUAUUUCCCAACAGCACCACUGGUGAGCGAGAAUCUACUGAACUGUGGGCUACUCACCACAAGAGCAGGGAACUGGCACGCAUGCGCAUUCCAGCCCUGGGUCUGGUCCAUGGUGACAAAGGGGUACAGACUGCAGUUUGCUCUGAGACCACCCGUUUUCAACUGCAUUUUGGAAUCAGGGGCGAUUGGCGAUUCGGCAUGCAUACUAGAGCAGGAAAUCUCUCUAAUAAGCAAAGGUUCUAUCAGGGCAAUACCAGCAGCAGAGAGCCACCUCGGCUUCUACUCUGGGUACUUCCUGGUUCCCAAAAAUAGGGGGAGGGGUAUGCCCCAUUCUUGACCUACGAGUCCUCAACAGCUAUCUGAAAACAUUCACAUUCCCGUAUGUUUACAUUCAACGUGCUGUCUCGGUUCAUAUCAGUCGACCUGUAGGACGCUUAUUUUCACAUAAGCAUCCAGCCAGCACACAGGAGGUUUCUAAGGUUUGCUUUUCAAGGCACAGCCUUCAAAUACAUCGCUGUCCCAUUCGGGCUAGCUCUAGCUCCAUAAACAUUCAGCAAAUGUGUAGAGGCAGCUCAGUCAGAGUGAUGGAAGAAGGCUCAUCCCUCAUCUUGGUAGCCCCUCGAUGGCCAGGCAAGCUUUGGGUAGUGGAGAUCAUUCUCCUGCUGGACGACGAGCCCUGGCAUUCCCGUUAUGCAGGGAUUUUCUGACCCAAGCGAACUGAGAGAUUUUCCACCCUCACCCAGACACAAUGGCCCUCUGCGCCUGGCCCGUGAAAGGUUAAAUUUGGAUGCGACAGGCCUCCAUCUCGGAGUCAUUGAGACUAUCCAGAGUGCCAGAGCCCCUUCUACACGACAAGUGGUGCCUUUUUGAGAAGUGGUGUGACCAAAAACAGAUAAUUCCUUACAAAUUCUCUGUAUCCAGGUUUUAUGCUUUUUUGUAGGACCUUAUUGACAGAGGGAAGGCAUUCUCCACUGUUAAGGUCUAUCUAGGCUUGUCAUGAAGGGGGCAGUUCACUUACCUCCAGUAUCCAAGCCUUUGCCCCAUCUUUUGGCUAUUUCACGGCGGCCUUUUGAGCUGCUAAAAAGCGUGGAGAUGAAGUAUCUCUCCUUAGGACCGCUUUACAGGUUGCCCUUAUGUCCGCAAAGUGAGUAAGUGAGCUGCAUGCACUAUCAGUUCACCAUUCGUGUCUACAGUUUGCCCUGGGCUUUUCCAAGGUUUCUUUGUUGCCCAACCCCAUCUUUAUGCCUAAGGUAAGCGACAAUUACAAUUGUCUUGCCUUGGAGCUUGUGACUUUCCACCCUUCCACCCUUCACUUCUACGAAAGAAAAGCGUCUCUAUCAUGUGUGUCCAGUACGUGCGUUGCGUGUAUACUUGAUAGAACAAGAGCUUUGCACAAAAGCGACCAACUCUUUGUGUCCUGGGCACCUCCUUGCAAGGGGAGGCCCCUCUCUUGUCAACGGUUAUCACAUUGGAUUGUGGAAGCUAUUAUAUUGGCCUAUAAUAGCAAGGGGUUACAGCCUUUGUGGGAGCCUGAGGGCUCACUCCACCAGAGGUAUGUUUACCUCUUGGGGACUGUUCAAGGCCAUCUCCUUACAGGAGAUUUGUGAUGCGGCUUGUUGGGCAUCCUCUCAUACUUUUAUGAAGUUUUACCGGCUAGAUAUCACUUCUUUGGCGCAUAUUGUCCUCAGUGUCGGGGCCUCUGAGGGUUGAUACGUUGAGACUACCUGGCUUCGGAGAGCAUGCUUGCGAUACGGGAGUUGGCCAUAUCCCACAUGUGAGAUAUUGAAACGGAUAAUUGAAAUAGAACACAAGGUUACUUUUGUAACUCUGGUUCUCUGAUAUUAUGAGUGCGAUAUCUCACUGCAUUCCUCGCUCGCAAGAGUGUGAGGAAGUUCGGCAUACUCGAGAAUGACUAGAGGGCGGGCGAGUGGCUCCUUAUCGUGAGGGGAGGGGCUCACCUAAUUUGCCACUCUACCCCUGUCUCCGACAAACGUGUGCAAUUGGUUCUUUGAGCUUCUGAGAUUCAGGUCAAUCCCAUAUGUGAGAUAUCUCACUCAUAAUAUCAGAGAACCGGGGUUACGAAAGUAACUUUGAGUUUCCUGGACACAGCUUAAGCCUAGUCCUGGACUAAAAAGCAAUCUCACUGGAGAAUCGCUGUUGAAAGUGCAGUUUAGUCCAGUAUUAGACUUAAUCUGUUUAAGUGAACCAAAGAGGAUGUUUGAUGAUAGCCUUAUUUCGCUGGCCCAUAGCCACCUCAGUCUCAGGACUCUGAUCUAUCCAGACUGAUAUAGAUAUAGUAGAUUGUUUACCUGUAGAAAUGCAGGUAAGUAGUCAGGUUGUGUGUUGGUAAUGAAUCAAAGACGAUUUUAGCCUACUGACCAACCUCACUGACCUGUAUUUAGCUUGGAAUUCCUGUUACAUGUUUAUUUGAUUUAUUGUAAAUGUCACUUAUUACAUUUGUUAAAAGUUGGUGCAUGUGUGUGUGUGCGCAGGGGUGAGGGUGUGUAAAAAAUGGUUUAUGUGUAAUUUAGCUGUACAACCAACUUGUAACAAAUGUUCCCCUCUCGGACCAAUAAAGUUAGAAGUUGAACUUGAGCUUGACCUCAGUUGACCUAUGUGUCUAAUAUGAUCCGUUCCAGAUGAGAGAUGUCAUUGGGGCAGCCACCGCAGGCCAGACCUACUUUCGUUCCUCCAUGGACAACACUGUGUAUUAUAUGGUGUCAAAUCACAUCCCCAAACUGUGUCAGAACAGGAUACGCACCUGGUACAACUACACCUGGGACGCCCAGGGCAUGCUGGGUAAGGAAACUCUCAGGCUGCGUCCCAAGUGGCACUGUAUUCCAUAUUUGAGACGCAACCUCAAUAUUUUCUUUCAAGCAUUAAAGGUAGACUCUGCAAAAUGACGUUGCCAGGAGCAGCGCCUGAGAUAGUGAGAUGAGCGAGAUGCAACACUUCGCUCUCACACAGUCACACACAGUAUCUGUGCAGCGUGGUAGCCACAGGACUAAAACAGUGGAGAAGUUGAGCCUUGCGCUUCAACACUCUUAGUUGUUUCAGAAAUGGACCCACUAUGCUGUUUACUUUCUGCAUCUACGUCACAUCGCUGAGUCUACCUUUAACAGAGGCUCAGGUCUAUGUGAAUAAGAGUUAUGUUCGAUAAGACAUCAGUAAUUACCUGUGUAUUUAUGGUUCUUCUUGCCUGCCUUUAGAUGAGUCUGAGCUGCUGGAGCAGAUGCCUCUGGUCAUGAGGACAGCCAUUGCUGUUGACGUCAACCUGACUACCUUCCAGAAAAUUGAUCUAUUUAAGGUACACACGAAAGCAUGCACGCAUGCACACUAGUGGUGCAUGAGUCAGCUGUUUGUUCAACCGCACCUGCACGCAAUUGCUAAUAACCCAUCCGCAACCGCCUGACUAUAUGUGAUGAAAUGAAAAUCUGAGGCCCUAACCCGCCAAUAUAGAAAAUGCGCUAUAGGCUACAGUCAGAGAAUGCGGAACGAUUUUUUGACAGGGGGUGCAGGAUUUUCUGGUCCUGAUUUAGAUAUGUUUCUACUUAUAAUUUAGAAUAUUUUUGGUAGGCUAUUUGUUAGUCAACUUGUCUAUAAUUAGAUACAUGUAGCUUAUUUUUUGACAUUAUAUGUUGCCCUAGAAGAUAGGCUUGGAUUGGGAUAGGCUUAAAACUAAAAUAUAAAAAACAACUUUCUAUCGCUGGAUUCGAACGUGCAACCUUUGGAUUCAGAGGCAGAUGCUUAUGCCCAUCUGCUAUCUCCAAUGCCCUAGCAACACUGAAACCUACUUGAAUGUAACAGCGCUCACUGUUGCCCCUAGGGGCUGGUCUCCAGGUAAUCUCCCGACAUGGAUGGACGUCGAAUACUGACUUGUAUCACUGGUGACCUGGCUGAUUUGAUGUCCCCAUCUUUUAUAUAUAUAUAUAUAUAUAUUUUAUCUCGUGAUAUCCAAAUUGGUAGUUACAGUCUUGUCCCAUCGCUGCAACUACUGUAUGGACUGUCUUAGGUCAGUUAGGAUCGCCACUUUAUUUUAUGAAUGUGAAAUGUCAGAAUAAUAGUAGAGAGAAUGAUUUAUUUAAGCUUUUCUUUCUUUCAUUACAUUCCCAGUGGGUCUGAAGUUUACAUACACGCAAAUAGUAUUUGGUAGCAUUGCCUUUAAAUUGUUUAACUUGGGUCAAACGUUUCAGGUAGCCUUCCACAAGUUUCCCACAAUAAGUUGGGUGAAUUUUGGCCCAUUCCUCCUGACAGAGCUGGUGUGACUGAGUCAGGUUUGUAGGCCUCCUUGCUCGCACACGCAUUUUCAGUUCUGCUCACACAUGUUCUAUAGCAGGGGUGUCAAACUCAUUUUAGCUCAGGGGCCACAUGGAGGAAAAUCUAUUCCCAAGUGGGCCGGACCGGAAAAAUCAUGGUAUAUAUAACUUAAAAACAACAACUUCAGAUUGUUUUCUUUGUUUUAAUACGAUCAACAUACAACAUAAAGCUGGAGCCUGAGCUCCAGGCUGACACAACAUAAAGCUGGAGCCUGAGCUGUAGCCAGGCUGACAGCGCGGGACCAGUCCACUCCGACCCUGUCCAGCGCGCCGACGAGUGCGGUAAAAAUAUCAGCUGCUGUCGUUGUAUCUGUCAUCGGCACCAACUCCACGAACUCCUCGGUGACGGUCAAUGUGUCAUCAACUCCGCGGAUGAAAAAAUUGCCAGUUGUGCAACAUCUGUAAUGUCCGUGCUUUCAUCAAUUGCAACCGAAAACGCAAUAAAUGUCUUUACUUUUUGCUUCAACUGGCUGUCCAAAUCCACUGAAAGAUCGGAAAUCCUGUCUGCAACUGUGUUUCUUGUCAGGCUGAUAUUUGCAAAAGCCUGCCGCUUUUCAGGGCACACAAUCUCCGCUGCCUUCAUCAUGCAUGUUUUUACAAAUUCACCCUCACUAAAUGGUUUUGAAGCCACUGCGAUUUCAUUAGCAAUGAGGUAGCUAGCUUUCACUGCAGCGUCACUGAUGUCUCGGCUGUGAGUAAAUACAGACUGCUGUUUCUUCAGACCCGCCAACAGUUCAUUCACCUUCUCUCAUCUCCGCUGUCCUUGAAAGUUGUCAUAUUUGUCGGCAUGAAGACUCACAUAGUGCCGACAAAUUAUUUAUAUUCUUUCAGCACUGCAACAUGCUCUGAACACACCAAACAUACAGCUUUCCCAUUCAAUUCCGUGAUUAAAUAGGAUGACCAUUUUUCUUGGAACACUCUGCACUCUGCGUCCACUUUUCUCUUUUUUGACAGAGACAUAUUGGGGCAAUGAGGGUGCCAAAGCACAUAAUGUUAAAAGUAGAAGCCGUAAUAAAUAUCGCGGGCAAAACAAAGUAGCUCAUUGGCUGCACGUGCUUGACCUACUUGCUCUGCCCCGGUAUAAACAGUUUGCUUGCUUAAGACAAUUGCUAUUGCGCCAUACAGUGGACGCAAUUGGAACAGCAGUUUAUUUUAUUGAAAAAUUGCAGUGCAUUUUUAUACUAAAUUUUUAUUUAUUUUUUUCGAAAUCAUCUCGCGGGCCGGAUUAAACCCGUUUGCGGGCCUGAUCCGGCCCGCGGGCCGUAUGUUUGACACCCCUGUUCUAUAGGAUUGAGGUCAGGGCUUUGUGAUGGCCACUCCAAUACCUUGACUUUGUUGUCCUUAAGCCAUUUUGCCACAACUUUGGAAGUAUGCUUGGGGUCAUUGUUCAUUUGGAAGACCCAUUUGCGACCAAGCUUUCACUUCCUGACUGAUGUCUUGAGAUGUUGCUUCAAUAUAUCCACAUAAUUUUCCUCCUCAUGAUGCAAUCUAUUUUGUGAAGUGCACUAGUCCCUCCUGCAGCAAAGCACCCCCACAGCAUGAUGCUGCCACCCCCGUACUUCACUGUUGGGAUGGUGUUCUUCGGCUUGCAAGCGCUCUCCCGUUUUCCUCCAAACAUAACGAUGGUCAUUAUGGCCAAACAGUUCUAUUUUUGUUUCAUCAGACAAGAGGACAUGUCUCCAAAAAGUACGAUCAUUGUCCCCAUGUGCAGUUGCAAACCGUAGUCUGGCUUUUUUAUAGUGGUUUUGGAGCAGUGGCUUCUUCCUUGCUGAGCGGCCUUUCAGGUUAUGUCGAUAUAGGACUCGUUUUACUGUGGAUAUAAAUACUUUGGUACCUGUUUCCUCCAGCAUCUUCACAAGGUCCUUUGCUGUUGUUCUGGGAUUGAUUUGCACUUUUCGCACCAAAGUACGUUAAUCUCUAGGAGACAGAACGUGUCUCCUUCCUGAGCAGUAUGACGGCUGUGUGGUCCCAUGGUGUUUAUACUUUUGUACUAUUGUUUGUACAGAUGAACGUGGUAGACCAGACUUGUGGAGGUCUACAAUUUUUUUUCUGAGGUCUUGGCUGAUUUCUUUUGAUUCUCCCAUGAUGUCAAGCAAAGAGGCACUGAGUUUGAAGGUAGGCCUUGAAAUACAUCCACAGGUACACCUCCAAUUGACUCAAAUUAUGUCAAUUAGCCUAUCAGAAGCUUCUAAAGCCAUGACAUCAUUUUCUGGAUUUUUCCAAGCUCUUUAAAGGCACAGUCAACUUAGUGUAUGUAAACUUCUGACCCACUGGAAUUGUGAUACAGUGAAUUGUAAGUGAAAUAAUCUGUCUGUAAACAAUUGUUGGAAAAAUUACUUGUGUCAUGCACAAAGUAGAUGUCCUAACCGACUUGCCAAAACGAUAUUUUGUUAACAAGACAUUUGUGGAGUGGUUGAAAAACGUGUUUUAAUGACUCCAACCUAAGUGUAUGUAAACUUCAGACUUCAACUGUACAUAUAUAUACACAUAUCCUUUUUUAAAAUAUAUUUCCCUUUAUUACUUUCCAACCCCACCACCCCUUCCCUAAUUGGAGUAAACUAGUGAACAACAACGCUUAGGCCUCUACUUCCAGCUUAUACAUACUAUAUACAUUUUAUGGACACAGUCAGCUAGCUUUUAGCAAGUUCAAAAGCAAAGCACAUGUGCGUUAAGUACUGAAAAUACGGGCCGGCAAAACAAACAAAAUGCAUCUGGUGGACAUCAGGCAUUAGGCUUACGCACUAAUGCCAGAUAGCCUAAAAUAAUGAAAGAAAAACCUAAAUGUAGCCUAUAGGCAUAAAUUGCACAAUAAUUAUACAUUUAUGGAUUUUUUUUAAGGUAUUGUUUUCUCUUUAUUCAAACUGCCCGCCGCCCACCCGCCCUUCAUCCAUACAAUAUUUCAUGACCCUAAACCCGCCAGGAUAUGAGUAAACCCGCGCAUCACCAACGCACACGCACACACAAACAUUACUUAAAGGAAAACUCCACCCAAAAACUAUUUUUUUGGUAUUUGUUUCAUUAGGCCAUUGUUGAUAUAGUCCCAAAAUGUUUUGCAUGUCAGCAAUCAAAUUUUCAAGAUAUAUAACUUUCAAAAUACAGAAAUACAGCCAGUAUGAUGCAGUUUGCAUCAUAUCUUGAAAUUUUCUUUAAGUCAACCUCACACAGAAAUGUGUAUGUGUAAUACCUUGUGUUGCUUUAGUCUAUGACGUUGAAUUGUAUUUCCUCAGGGUUGUGAUAACCAGAUGUUGGUAGACAUGUUGCUGAGGCUUAAGUCUAUUAUAUAUCUACCUGGGGACUUUGUGGUGCAGAAGGUGAGUUUGUGUGUGUUUGUGUUUUAUUGCCUGUCUGCUGCUGCCAAAGCACUUUCUUAAACAUGUCAGACAUAAUCCUGUCAUCGCUGGAGGUGAAAUUGCGUAGAGGGGAGACAGGCAUUAGAACGGAGAGAGAGGGGGGGAGAGAGAAAUAAAGAGGGGGUGAUAGAGAGAGAGAGAAAGAGACUCAGUCAUGGAAUUAGCUGUUUCAUGUAGUCUAUAAGGGAUCUGUUAAAUGCAGUCAGAUGUUAAAUGCAGUCAGAUAGUUAACACACUAUUUCGUCCGCAUAGGGUAAUAUUGGUAAAGAGAUGCAGUAUAAUCCGCUUUUUUAAUCAGCUUUAUGUGUGUAUAUUUGGUUCCCCAUAGGGAGAUAAUGGUAAAGAGAUGUACAGUGCCUUCAGAAAGUAUUCAUACCCCUUGACUUAUUCCACCAUUAUUGCACACCGAGUCCAUGCAACUUUUUAUGUGACAAUUUUACUCCUGAACCUAUUUAGGCUUGCCAUAACAAAGGGGUUGAAUGCUUAUUGACUCAAAACCAUUCAGCUUUUCAUUUUUAAUUUGUUUGUAAAAGAUUCUAACAUUAUGGGGUAUUGUGUGUAGGCCAGUGACACAAAAUCUUAAUUUAAUCCAUUUUAAAUUCAGGCUGUAACACAACAAUAUGUGGAAAAAGUCCAAGGGGUGUGAAUACUUUCUGAAGGCACUGUACAUCUAUAGCAUAACAGUUUUCUGUCUGACUAUCUUGUCCUGUAGGGAGAUAUUGGUAAAGAGAUGUACAUAAUCAAGUCUGGAGCAGUGCAGGUGGUUGGUGGACCAGAUAACUCCAUCGUGUUUGUUACACUGAAGGCUGGCUGUGUGUUUGGAGAAAUCAGGUACAGAACAGAGCUCUCCUGUGAACAUGAAAUAAUGGGCUGCAUCUGAAAUGGUACCCUAUUUCCUAUAGAGCACUUUUUUGACCAGGGCCCAUAUAAUAAGGCUCUGUUAAAAAGUAAUCCUCUAUGUACCCUAGUCAAAAGUAGGAAGGAAAGGAAAUAGGCUGCCAUUUCGGACACAGACAUGGUGUAGCCUACACUGAGAUGCCUACACUGAGAUUAUAUUAUACAAUUGGAUGACUAGGAGUGUUUUUGUUCAACAGUCUGUUGCAAUCGUCUAAAGAUGGCGGGAACAGGAGGACAGCUAACGUCAAAGCUCAUGGCUUUGCUAACCUGUUCGUCCUGGAAAAGAAGGAUCUCUUUGAAAUUCUGGUCCACUACCCAUUGGCUCAGAAAGUUCUGGCCAGGAAAGGAAAGUAAGAGAGGAGAUUGGCUGUAUUAUUGGUACUGCAUUGGAUUAGUUCCUAGUUUUCAUCUAAGAUAAUUAGUUAGUAGCAGUAGUAGUAGUCUCUUGUAGGGAAAACAUUAAAAAUGCUAAAGAAUACUGCUUCCCUGCUAUCCUUUAUCAAUACCAAUAGGUAUUUGGAUUAAUCCAUCUAUACAGUAAUAGCUCAUCAAACUCUAUUUAUACUUUAUGUAGCUAUAGAUGGACUAUUCAAAUAAAACGAUACCAUGUAAUGUAAUAGAGAUAGAUACACUUGACUCAUUUUUUUUUCUCCAAGGAAACUGAUGAAGGCGAAGGGUCCAGCUGCUGCUAAGGCUGUCGAAGACAAAAAGAAUGGACUGGCGCUGUUCGGACCCAAACCCCCCACUCCUAAGAUGCUGCGUGCCUUUGGGGGCUGCAAAGGCUUUAUGGAGAAACUC